GCAAGAACUGAACCAACGCAACGCCACGUACGUGACUUGACUCAAGUUGACCACACUUCGUGAUGGCGCCAACCAGAUCACUAGUUUUGCUCGUGGCGUACACCGUACUCGCUGCGGUGAUGCUGCAACCAUCAGAAGAGAGGGUACAGACGGCCAAGGCGCCAUCAGCGCCACAUCUCGCCGGAGGCAAACAAGCUGAAGCAGUAGUGGCUACCUCCUCGCCGGCUUCACCAUUCACUGGCGUCCCGCAACUGCCCCCUCUCCCGGGCUUGCCGCCUCUAGCUGGCCUGCCCGCGUUACCGCCGUCGCCCGGCUUCCCGGGCAUGGCAGGCACGCAGCCGUCUCCUUCGCCUUCGCAGCAGCCGGCCAUAACAUCAUGCUUGGGACCGCUGAUACUUGUGGCACCGUGCGCCCGUUACCUGACGAAUUCCAGCGUGCGAGCGCCGCCCAGAACGUGCUGCGACGGCCUCAGGUCGCUCGUCGGCGGCGGCAACAGGAUUUGCCUGUGCCACGCCAUCAUGGGCGACCUGGGCACAUUUGCAGGCGGGACGAUCGACCAGCUGCGCAUGUUGGUGCUGCCUCUAACGUGUAGCACGUUCGUACCGCCGGAUCUUCUUCUGAUGUGCAUCGGCAAGUCGAAAUCGUCGUUUGUUUUAUUUCACAUUAAAUAG